AUGCUGGGGAAGGAGGAGGCGGAGGAGGAGGAGGCGGAGGAGGAGGAGGGGAAAGGAGCGCCGCUUCCUCCGCCCCCAGUCGGGGACGGUCCGUUAGCGGGAGCUCAGGGCUGGGGCGGCGGAGCCCGGGACGAGCUUGCGGCAGCGCCACCGGACCCCUCUCCGUCCGCAGGCGCUGCUCCCUGCGGCUUCCUGCGGGAUCUGUGCCGCGGCGGCCGGGCGGGCAGCAUGGACCCCGCGGCGGCGGAGGGACGGCGGGGGCCGGCGGGCCGCCUCCUGCUCCUGCUGGCGGCCGCCUCGCUCCUUCGCCUCCGCGCCGCAGGUGAAAUGGAAAUUCCAGAUUCAAAUGACCCCUUAGGUCAUGUGGAUGGACUUGAGAGACCAAUUCCAACACCUAAAGGUUAUUUCCUGACCUUCUUGGAACCAGUAAACAAUAUCACUGUAGUCCAAGGGCAAACAGCAAUCCUCCACUGCAAGGUAGCAGGAAAUCCAUCUCCGAAUGUCAGAUGGCUAAAAAAUGAUGCUCCAGUGGUUCAGGAGCCAAGACGGAUCAUCAUCAGAAAAACAGAUUAUGGUUCCCGUCUAAGAAUCCAGGAUCUGGAUACCACAGACACAGGAUACUACCAGUGCGUGGCUUCAAAUGGGAUGAAGACAAUAACUGCAACAGGAGUUUUGUUUGUCAGGCUUGGUCCAACAAACAGCCCAAAUCACAAUCUUCAAGAAGAUUACCAUGAAGAUGGGUUCUGUCAGCCAUAUAGGGGAAUUGCGUGUGCACGAAUCAUUGGAAACAGAACCAUUUACGUGGACUCCCUCCAGAUGCAAGGGGAAAUUGAAAACCGAAUUACUGCCGCGUUUACCAUGAUUGGCACUUCGACUCAGUUGUCUGACCAGUGCUCGCAGUUCGCUAUACCUUCCUUUUGCCACUUUGUGUUUCCCCUGUGUGAUGAACGUUCUCGGACCCCUAAGCCGCGGGAGCUGUGCCGGGAUGAGUGUGAAGUUCUGGAGAAUGAUCUCUGCAGGCAGGAGUACAACAUAGCUAGGUCAAACCCCCUCAUCUUGAUGCAGCUACAGUUGCCUAAGUGUGAGGACCUCCCGCGACCAGACACCUUGGAAGCCGCCAACUGCAUAAGAAUUGGGAUCCCUGUGGAGAGACUGAGCAGAUAUCAUCAGUGCUACAAUGGCUCUGGAGCUGACUACAGAGGGACUGUCAGUGUAACCAAGUCAGGCCACACUUGCCAACUCUGGGACUCACAGAGUCCCCACAACCAUGAUCUGACAAGCACACAGUUUCCAGAGCUAGGUGGAGGACAUGCAUAUUGUCGAAAUCCUGGAGGUCAAAUGGAUGGUCCCUGGUGUUUUACAAAGAAUAAAAACGUACGCAUGGAACUGUGUGACAUACCUUCUUGUAGUCCACGUGACAACAGCAAAAUGGGAAUCCUCUACAUUCUUGUUCCCAGCAUAGCCAUCCCUCUGGUGAUAGCCUGCCUUUUCUUCCUGGUCUGCAUGUGCAGAAACAAGCAGAAGGCAUCUGCUGCUACACCACAGCGCCGCCAGCUGAUGGCAUCUCCCAGCCAAGACAUGGAAAUGCCACUCAUUAAUCAACACAAACAGGCUAAGCUUAAAGAAAUUAAUCUGUCCACUGUGAGAUUUAUGGAGGAACUAGGAGAGGAGAGGUUUGGAAAAGUCUACAAGGGGCAUCUCUUUGGUACAGCACCAGGUGAACAGACACAAGCCGUUGCCAUUAAGACACUUAAAGACAAAGCAGAACUGGCUCUUCGGGAAGAAUUUAAACAUGAGGCAAUGAUGAGAUCACGAUUACAGCACCCAAACAUAGUUUGUUUGCUGGGAAUAGUGACAAAGGAACAACCUGUAAGUAUGAUAUUUAGUUAUUGUUCCCACAGUGAUCUCCAUGAAUUCUUGGUGAUGAGAUCUCCCCACUCAGAUGUUGGCAGCACUGAUGAUGACAAGACAGUAAAAUCCACUCUGGAACCAGCAGACUUUUUUCACAUUGUGACUCAGAUAGCUGCAGGAAUGGAAUAUCUUUCUAGCCACCAUGUUGUCCACAAGGACUUGGCCACUAGAAAUAUACUGGUGUUUGAUAAACUGAAUGUGAAAAUAUCUGAUUUAGGCCUUUUCAGGGAAGUUUAUGCUGCUGAUUACUACAAACUGAUGGGAAAUUCCCUUCUUCCUAUCCGGUGGAUGUCCCCUGAGGCUAUUAUGUAUGGCAAGUUUUCUAUUGAUUCGGAUAUAUGGUCAUACGGAGUUGUGUUGUGGGAAGUUUUCAGCUAUGGCCUGCAGCCUUACUGUGGUUAUUCCAAUCAGGAUGUCAUUGAGAUGAUCAGGAACCGACAAGUUUUGCCAUGUCCCGAUGACUGCCCCACAUGGAUAUACACUUUGAUGUUGGAGUGUUGGAAUGAAUUUCCCAACAGAAGACCAAGAUUUAAAGAUAUACAUAACAGACUAAGAACAUGGGGAAACCUGUCUAAUUACAACAGCUCAGCGCAAACUUCUGGGGCAAGCAAUACCACACAAACAAGUUCUCUCAGCACAAGCCCUGUUAGCAAUGUCAGCAAUGCUAGAUACAUUGGACCAAAGCAGAAAACGCCAGCCUUCCCUCAACCUCAGUUCAUACAAAUGAAAGGCCAGAUGAGACCAAUGGUCCCGCCUCCUCAGCUCUACAUUCCAGUCAAUGGUUACCAGCCAAUGCCUGCCUAUGGUGCUUACUUGCCAAAUUUUUAUCCUGUCCAAAUUCCAAUGCAAAUGGCUCCUCAGCAAAUACCUCCCCAGAUCAUUCCCAAACCAGGCUCCCACCACAGCGGGAGUGGAUCUACCAGCACAGGCUAUGUAACAACAGCACCUUCCAAUGCGUCAGUGGCCGACAGGGCUGCUCUGCUGUCAGAAGGCACGGAUGACACACACAAUGGAACGGAAGAUAUCGCCCAGAACCCUGUCCAGGAGGAGGAAGAGGAAGAGGGCUCUGUGCCUGAAACAGAAUUGCUGGGUGAUAAUGACACACUUCAGAUGGAUGAAGCAGAAAUUCAGUCAGAAGCCUAAGGAAUUUGGCCUCACUGCUAAGAAUUCCACAUCGCUUCCAUGCAUGGAGACAGUAGAUCCUUAGGCUUAAUAGAGUGAUUUUGAUCUGACACAGAGAAACAAAACUAAAAAAAAGGCAACAUCCAUUUAAAAGUGCAGCAGUAAUGACAUACUAAGUUUAAUUACCAUUUCCACCAGCAGAUUUUUCAAAUAUGGUGAUAUAGACUUGCUGGGUUUAAUCUUUUUUUUAUUGUCCUACAGUUCUUGAGAGAAGCUGCUUUUUAAAUAUGUACUGUUGCUGUGCAACAUGUUGCAGAGUAGCAUUGCACAUCAUGUAUAUCAUGAUAUAUGAGUGUAAUGUUAGUGAAUUAUGCUUAAACCAGUAACACAAAAAAUGAUCCAGCUAUGGUUGCAGAAUUGCUCUAAGCAUAAAGAAGUGCCCUGUAUGUGAUGGACAGCUUAGUUUGUAGUAUUUAUCUCUUCGAUGUAAUGGACACAAGAUUGUUGUUUGUUUUUUGAGUCUGAAAAACUAGGUUGAGAAUAAUAAUCUGUGUUUGUAUUACAAUAAGAAGAAGAGGGAGGAACUGAACAUAAAAUUGACUGUGCUGAGUAAGACCGUGGGUCUGUCCAGCCCAGUGGCAUGUCUUGAAAGACCAUCGAUAAUGUCUGCCAAGGGAUGGACUGCAAGGGCAAUUUCCCUCGCAGAAAUUUCCCAGGGUAUGGCCCCAGCCUCCAGCAAUUUGUGGCUUAGGGCCUUCCCAAGACAGAAGUGGAAUUUUUUUCUGUUAAAUAGCCUUUGAUGGAAUUUUCUACCGUGAAUUUAUCCAAAUGAUUCUGAACUCACAUAGAGCUAGAGUAUCCACAACAGCUUGUGGAGUAACAUAAGAGGAGAAAGGAUGGUUUUCUUUCAUCACUUUGGGUGAAUGACUGACAGAAGCUUCAAAUGAGAUCAUCUGACUGCAUUUGUGGAUGAAAGUAUUCCUUCUCUGCUGUGUAUUUUCAACAGCAAACAGCCUUAAUACACUGUUAACCAAAAAUGGGGAUAUUGUAGGGGAUAUUAUAGGUGUGCACUAACUUAAUAAAUCCAACUUUAAUUGGUUAUCAAGUAUAGAAAAGGGAUCCACAUGUGUGUUCCUACAUUGUAAAAGUGUUGGGUUUUGUGCGAAUGAACUUGAUUUACCACAGUUACUGCUGGAUUGCAUGUGAUACCAUGGUUUUUUUUCCCAACUUUGUAGUAAAAAUGAUCUUUGAACUUUAGAAGACCAAAAUAAGCAGUCAUGUACAAGGUGCUGUUUUUGUGCUUCUAUUUGUGGGAUAAAUCAUGUACAAACCUUUAAAUAUAAUUUAUGUUUUACUACAUUUUAUAUACAUUUUUUAUUGAAAUAUUUUGGAUUUUUGAAUGAAUGACUUUAUAACUUAACCAUUUACAAUAUUCACAUGUGGUGCAGUUCUAUGGUAUUGCUGUUCCAUUUUGUUAAACAUGCAGCAGGUCCAUACAUUUCAUGACCCCUUUCUGUAAUACAAGUGGUACAUAUUCUCAUUGUAGCCAACACACGCUAUAGCUAUAAGUUCUACGUCCAACAUGGACUAUUCAAUAAAGUGAUGCAAAAAGUAUGAUGAAGUAUGUUAUCCUACAGCCACUGUUUUUGUUAUGGUACUUUGCGGUACUUUUUUGUUGUGGUACUUUCUAUGGAAAUAGAAAUGGCCUCAAUUGCUUAAGUUACAGGUUUCACACUUUAAACUACAAGUUUUUAUUUUAUUACAUUGGGAUUCACUUUUAAGUCAUGUAUCAUUGUGAUCUACACCCUGUGUUCAAGAUAUGGCAGCAUUACUUAUUUCUGGCAUUUCACCUGGACUUGGAAAUGCACUGGUAGGAAUAAAAUAUGAAAGCUUUAUUACUUGUGUUAAUAUAAUGCAGCUUUGGGUGCUUUUACUAAA